GAUUUUUUUACAAUUUAAGUAAUGCAGAAAUAUCGGUUAUUGGCAAUAAACGUCAUGUUACUGUGCAAGAUUUAUUAAAUAUAGUUAAAAAUGAUGAAACCGAUAUCAAAAAUGACGUUACAUACGUAAAUAAGUAUCAUUUGAAUGAAUUUAAGAGUGAUACAUAUCUGUUAUUUGUAAAAGCAUAUAUAAAAGAGUUACAUUCGCAUGAUCCAAUUUCAUUUCCUAUGGAUGCACUUUCACCGGAAGAUAUUGUAUUGAUUAGUGACAAGUUUAACGAGACGGAAUAUCAACGCACCGCAGUAUUUUCUGUUAGAAAAUAUUUAGUAGAUCAAUAUAUACGAUUUACAUCCAUUUGGCAAUUGUAUAGAUUUGAUAUAAAUUUAUAUCUUAAAUACAAAAUCAUCGAUAUAUCGAAUUCCUUUGGUUAUCUUAUUUAUGAUGAACUUAUGCUUAAUGAGAUCGAUGGAGUAAAAAUGACCGCACUUGAAGCGUUUCAAAAAUAUUUCAAAGAAAAAUUUAAAUUUAGUUAA